GUCCCUGUGACCAUUGGUGCUACCCUCCCAGAGUCAUUACCUCAGUCUCCCACCCCUGGCCAGGCAUCACCCUUCCCAAGGCAAAGGUCUCCAGGGUUCUUUAUAUAGGGGCUCCCUCCCUGGGAGCCUCUCAUUUUCCAGCCCCUCAGCAAGGGAAGGUACUGCCGCCAGGGGCCUGUGCCCUGGGAGAUGCUGGGGAUCUGGAUUCUGUCGCUGGCCCUCCAGCUCUGGACGUCUACCACUGCCAUGAGUUCAACAGCAUCACCAACACGGGAGGGGUCAACAAUAACCACACUGGCUGGAAGUACUCUAUCUGGAUCAACUGUGAGUGAAUUCUCCACCAAUUCUAGUGGGUAUGGGUCGACAACCAGCCCAGGCAGCACAGGUUCAGAACUCACAAAUGCACCAUCCUUCAGUUCCCCUACCACACCGCUGGCUGAGGGAUCUACAGCCCUGCCAGGGAGCUCAGGUGUGGCACUCACAACAGAACCCAGUGGAAGCUCACAAACCACAGCCCCGGAUGAGGAAUCAACAACCCAGACACACAGGUCACUUGCAGGAAGCACAGCCCUGGCACCUGGUAGCUCCCAAACCACCAUCUUGACGGAAUUCUCCAAGGCCUUUCCAAGCAGCCCUGGUUCAGCAAGGGCCACAGUGCCAACAGACAGCUCGCAGACCACUGGGGUGAUUGAAGGAUCCACCACCUUUCUAAGUAGCACAGGCUUAGAACAGAAUACACAGUGGUCUGACAACUCGCAAACCACAGAACAGAUCAAGGCUCAGACAUCGCCACAGAGCUCUACUUCAGCACACAGCACUGUGCCUUUGGACACCUCUCAAACCACAGCUCUUCCUGAGAGAUCUACACCAUGGCCAGGCAGCUCACCAACACCACACACAACUGUUACAUUGAAGAGUUCCCAAAGCACAAUCCCAGGAAAAGAAUCUACAAGCUUCCCAAGUAGCCCAGGGUCAGAAAAAAUAACAGAAACAUCUGACACCUUAGAAACCACAACGCUGAUGAAUGAAUCUACAAGAUUUCAAAGCACUGCCGAGUCAGUACACACAGUGGAGGCAUCAACCACCUCUCCAAGCCUUUCAGAACUAUCCACAGUGCACCAAGCAAGCCCCGAGUCAGUGCUCAGUACCCGGCCAUGGGGAAGCACCCAAACCCCACUCCUGACGGAGGAAUCCACAACCUUGCCAAGCAACACAAAUUCAGGGCACACAACAGUGCCUUCUGAUAUCCCCCCAAUCACAGGCCAUGCUGAAGCUUCCACAGACAUGGGAGCCAGCACUGUUUCAACAAACACUACAGGAUCAUCAGAGAGUUCUCCAACCUCAGUGUUGGUGGAAGGAGCAGCAGCCUCACCAGGCAUCACAGGUUCAGAACUCACAAAAGCACCAUUCUACAGUUUCCAUAGCACACCGCUGGCUGAGGGAUCUACAGCCCUGCUGGGGAGCUCAGGCGUGACACCUGCAACGCAGCCUACUGGAAGCUCACAAACCACAGCCCUGGAUGAGGAAUCGACAACCAGGGCACACAGGUCACCUGCAGGAAGCACAGAUGUGUCACCUGGUAGCUCCCAAACCACCACCUUGACAGAAUCCUCCAAGGCCUUUCCAAGCAGCCCUGGAUCAGCAAGGGUUACAGUGCCAACAGACAGCUCCCAGACCACACACAAGAUGGAGGGAUCCACAACCUGGCCAGGGAGUCAAGGCUCAGCACCCACACAUCUACAACCAGACACUGUGCCCACCACUGCCCUGCCUGGAGCUUCCACAGUAGUUUCUACCAGCCCAGAGUCACCACGCGGCACAGUGACAACACAAACAACUCAUUCCACAGUGCUGUCUGAAGGCUCUACAGCCUCUCCCAGCACUCCCAGUGCUGUCCCCACAGGAGCGUCACCUGGCAGUUCCCACACCACAGUCCUGCCUCAGGGAACUGCUACAUUCCCACCCAGCACUUCUGCAGCUCACAGCACUGCUGCACCUGAGAGCUCCCAAAGCACAGUCCUGCAGUCAGCAUCCACAGCUUUCCCAGGCAGCCUGGCUUCUGCACACACUACAGCGACUGCUGCCACCUCCGCGACCACAGUUCUGACUGCAGCACCUGCAAGCUCUGCAGGCAGCCCAAGCUCAGCUCACACUGCAGUUCCAGGGCAACAUUCUCACAGCACAGUCUCGACUGAAUCACCCGUGACCUUACAUGCCAGUCCUGAGGCCACACCAUCAAUAAUGCCAUCAAAGACAUCUGCAAUGCUUUCUCAAGGAUCUACAGUGUCCCAAGAGAAUCCUGCCUCAGCUCACACUAUACCCCCUGCACACAGCUCCUCAACCUCAGCCCUACCUGAAGAGUCUCCAACCUUCCCUAGCAACACAAGUCCAGAACACACAAGCAUGGCAUCUAAUACAGCGACUGCUGCCACCUCCCCAACCACAGUUCUGACUGCGGCACCUGCAAGCUCUGCAGGCAGCCCGAGCUCAGCUCGCACUGCAUUUCCAGUGCAACAUGCUCACAGCACAGUCUCGGCUGAAUCACGGACAAGCUCACAACCCAGCUCGGAGACCUCACACUCAACAGAGCCAUUACACACUUUGGCAACAACAGUUCUUUAUCAAGGGUCCACAGAGUCCCAGGUGAGUCCAGCCUCAGCUCACACUACAGCCUCCAGAGACAGCUCCUCAACCUCAGCCCUACCUGAGGGAUCUCCAACCUUCUCCAGCAACACAAGUCCAGGACGCACAAGCACGGACUCUGACACCACCCCAGUCUCAGUCCGCUCUGAAGCAUCCACAGCCCUUGAAAGAAGCCCUCCUUCAACACUCACUACACUGCCCACACUCAGCUCCCAAACCCCGGUGCUGGUGGAAGGGUCUACAACCUCCGCAGGCAGCACGGGUUCAGCACUCACCAGUGGACCGAGUUCCAGCUCCCAAAGCACAGACCUGGCCCUGGCAUCUGCAGCGUCCUCGCCCAGCACAUCUUCGGGGCACACGGCUGCUUCAUCGGACAGCUCCCUAAGCACAGCCACGCAUGGUGGAGCCACAACCUUCCCAGGCCGCCCUAGUUCAGCUCACACAACUGUGAUUUCUGACAUUGCCCAAAGCCCAGUCUCCGAUGGUCCCUCUUCAACUUUAUAUUUGGAUCCCUCCUCUUCCCUUUUCCCAGUCUCUCACCACCCUGUUAUUCCAGCUUCCUCUAGUUUUUCUCCUCCCCUCCCUUCCACUUCUGGCUCUUCCCAAUCUCCAUUCUCAGGGUUCAGCAGCAGUUCCAUUGUGCAGUCUGUGUCUACCUCCUCCCACGCUACUGCCACAUUUGCCCCUUUGUCACCAAUGCAUUGCUACCAUGGGGGAUCUUGGAACAGAAUCAAGUGUGAGUGCAAACCGGGCACCACUGGUCAGCAGUGUGAGUUCCUCGUGCACUCCUUCCCCAUAGAAAUCCCACAAGUAAUCAGUGCGACUGUCACUGUGAUAGUGAAAGUGACUCACAGGAAUUUCACAGAAGUGUCGGACAUAUUCUCCCAGGCACACCAGGAUUUCAUUGAUCUCUUCAUGAAUCGGAUGGAUGAAGUGUACACAGGCCAUGACCUCCCCGCGUACAGAAGGGUGAUCAUCAGAAAUCUGACUGAGGGCAGCAUCGUGGUACAAAAUGACGUUGUCCUGGAGACAAACUACAUCCCACAGUAUAAGGAACUGUUUAAGAACUUCACAAAGAUCGUGAGGGACAAAAUCAAGAUGGAAACCAGUAUAAUCCCGCCUGAUCAAGACAAGUGUCCAGUCUCCAUACUGUGUUACAACAUAAAUGACACCGCUGUGGAUGAGGCCGGAGUGAGGAUGAACUUCGACCCCCAGGAGCAAUGUACCCAGAAGUCUGCCGAUGGCUACAGCCAGUUCUACUAUGUAGAAGAGCUGAAUGGGCAGCUGACCUGUGUGACCAGGUGCACCCCAGGCUCGCAGGAGUACCUCAGCUGCAACCUGGGCGAGUGCCAGCUGCAGCGCAGUGGCCCCCACUGUCUAUGCCCGAACACAGACUCGCACUGGUAUUGGGGAGAGACCUGUGAAUUGAACAUCAGCAAGAACCUUGUGUAUGGGCUGGUGGGCACUUUGCUGGCCCUGCUGCUGGUCAUUAUGCUGAUCCUGGCCAUUUUCCUCACCCGAUCCCGGAGGAGAGAGCAUAGCCAAGAAUACACCCUGUCUCAAGAGUGGCAGAAAGAAGGGAUCCCCGGCAGCUUCCAGAACAUGGGAGUCUGGGAAGACCAGAAUCUGAAGGACAAAUUCGGCCUGGAGAAUGCCUACAGCCGCUUCCACCCCUCGCUGGGGACUGUCAACCCCACCACAGAGUUGCACUUUCAGAGGCCAGAGGUGGUGAGAACGACUCGGUGAGGUACAGAGGCUCCCAGCCCUCAUGUAGAUGUAGACCAGAGAGCAACAGAGAGCCCACUGUGAACAGCCCUGGCUGGCCAAGAAGAAAGCAGUGCGGGGCCCUGUGGCCCUGCAGGUGCGCAUAGGUGACAGAUUGGCCUAUGGUCUCCUGCUGCUGCCUGCUGGAAAGGCGGUGGGGGCUGUGAGUGUUUCUGUCUGCUCCAUCACCCUCGUCCCGGCCCAUGAGUCCGAGGCUACCAGAACUCUUGGCUUCUUUGUUCACCCUUAGCUUCUCCCCACUGGGGAAUUUCCCUGAGAAUAAAAGCAACU